CUUCGGAAUUUCAUUUGUUUUUUACGCGCAACAAUAACAUCUUCUUUCAUUGUCUUCGUUGUAUAAAACUGCUUUCUUUCUCUUUCUUCAUGUUUCCCAGCUUGGAAGACAAGUACAUACAGAUACAGAUUACAGAGUAGUGUUGAUAAAUCUUCAUUAAUAUAAAACCCUUUUUUUUAUUCUUCAACUCCUCUAUUUUUUGGCCAUCAAGUUUACGAAUUUACAGAUUGGUAAUCACUCUUUGCUGCUGCAGUUGGAUCCAUAUUUUAAUUUUUCCAAGAGAGACCCUCGAAUGGGAGCUUUGAACUAAGCGUGCUUUGACAUCUUUGCUCAUUGCUUUAUUCCAUAUUCAAGCUGAUGAAUGGCUAAAAAGCAGCAUAUUGCAAUAUAUACCACUGCCAGCUUACCAUGGAUGACGGGUACUGCUGUGAAUCCGCUUUUCCGUGCUUGCUAUCUUGCAAAAGAUGGGGAGAGGAAGGUUACUUUGGUAAUUCCUUGGCUGUCUUUAAAAGAUCAAGGACAUGUAUACCCUAACAACUUGACAUUCAAGUCAGCUCUAGAGCAUGAGGCAUAUGUGCUCAAAUGGCUUGAGGAUAGGACUGGGUUCAUAUCUCGUUUCAAUAUAAAGUUCUAUCCUGGAAGGUUUUCUAUAGAUAAAAGGAGCAUUCUUCCUGUUGGAGAUAUUACUGAAAUUAUACCAGACGAAGAGGCAGACAUUGCUGUCCUUGAGGAGCCUGAGCAUCUAACAUGGUAUCAUCAUGGAAAAAGAUGGAAAUCAAAAUUUCGGAUGGUUAUUGGGGUUGUCCACACCAAUUACCUGGAAUAUGUGAAACGAGAGAAGAAUGCUGCCCAAGCAUUUCUUUUGAAGCAUAUAAACAGUUGGGUAAUCAGUAUCUACUGUGACAAGGUAAUUCGAUUGUCUGCGGCCACUCAGGAGCUUCCGAGAUCUGUGAUAUGCAAUGUUCAUGGAGUCAAUCCCAAAUUUCUUGAGAUUGGCAAGAAAAAGAAAGAAGAGCUUGAAGAUGGAAAACCUGCAUUUAGUAAAGGAGUCUAUUACAUAGGUAAAAUGAUUUGGAAUAAAGGAUACAGGGAGCUUCUAAAUCUUCUUAGCGACCAUCAGAAAGAGCUAGUUGGUCUUGAAGUAGACCUCUAUGGUACUGGAGAGGAUUCUAAUGAAGUCAAGGUAGCAGCUAAGAAACUUGAAUUACCCGUAAGAGUCCAUCCUGGACGUGAUCAUGCUGAUACUUCGUUUCAUGAUUACAAAGUUUUCCUCAAUCCAAGCACAACAGAUGUAGUCUGCACCACAACAGCAGAAGCAUUAGCAAUGGGCAAGAUAGUCGUGUGCGCUAACCAUCCAUCUAAUGAAUUCUUCAAGCAAUUUACCAACUGUUGCAUGUAUGAAGAUGGUGAAGGGUUCGUUACAGCAAUACAGAAAGCAUUGGAUGAACAACCGGCCCCCUUGACUGAUGCUCAAAGGUACGAGCUAUCAUGGGAAGCUGCAACUAAACGGUUUCUAAGAGCUGUUCAAUUAGACCAAGGGCCUAAUCGACGACUCUCUAAGACAUCCUCUAAAAAGUUUGCUUCCUUGUCCUCCUCCAAUAUGACCAAAAAAAUGGAAGAUGCGUCAGCAUACAUACAUAAUGCAGUAUCAGGUACCGAGUUUACUCGAACCGCAUUUGGUGCUAUCCCUGGGACCCUUUAUCCUGAUAAUGAACUAUGUAAGGAGCUGGGCUUGCCUUCUCCUACUAACUCAAUGGGACAGUGUUGCAGGAAGUGAUCUUAGUCUUUUUGGGCUUGAUGUUCGCUACUUGAAAUCUCGGUUUUUGUAUUGUCAGACACUAAUAGGCACAUCUGUCUGAUUGUUCGCCCUCUUUUUUCUUUACUGAUUCUUUUUCCUCUUUACUAUCUUGGGUGAAAUUGCUGUAUCUGUAAAUUGUACUUGUAGCACUAGUGUCAGUAGUGUGUUGUUAUCAUCA